AUGAUCAAGUUAAACACUCUAAGGGUCGUACAACUGAACACGUUAUUAAGGGCAAAUGAUUUACCAACCACAGGCGCUAAAGCAAUUAAAAUUGAAAAGUUGCAAGAAGUUUUGGGUACCGAUGAGGUAGAUCCGAUGGAGCUUGAAGACGAUAGUGCGGUGUCCUCAAACGACUUACGCACGCAAUUGAAUAGUUUGAAAGAGGCAAUGGCAGGGCUAACAUUAGCUAUUGGCACCAUGAAUCGUAACCCAGAGGUCAUACCACGUAAUGAAGCAAAUCAGCAAACGAUAAACAACAAUGAUGGUAGGCCAAGCUCAAGUGUUGCGAGCUGGGAGUCUGCGGAGGAGUUACGAACGCCAUCAGGUCCAACCAUGAGAAUUCAGGAUAUGAUAGGGGUAAUGCCUGAAUUCGACCCAAUAAAAGGAACUACGACCUCAAGGCAAUUUAUAAGUCGAACUCAACAAUUACAACAAUGCUAUGGUUGGAGGGAAGAGAUGAUUUUGAUUGCAGUCCAGCACAAAAUGAAAGGUAUGGCCAAGCAGUGGCUGGAUGCACAAAAUGUUUUUAGUUCUUGGUCACAAUUUGUGCACGCAUUUGAAACAGACUUUCCGUCAACACAGAAUGCGGCUGAAACUCAUAAGACUCUUAUGAAACGCAAACGUAAACCCAACGAAAACUAUUUGGAGUAUUAUUAUGCCAUGUUAACGAUAGGUCGACAAGGUGGGGUGGACGAUGUAUCCAUCAACAUGCAUAUUAUCGGUGGGCUGAACGAUAGUAUUUUAACAAAAACUUUGGCAACGAUGAAUUUUGCGACGUGUAGCCAAUUGUUGGUGGCACUCAAAAAUUUAACGACAGUCAGCAAUGUAUCGGUGAGUCCAGCGACGGAAACUCAGCAAACACUAAGAGCCGAAGAGAAGCCAAAACCGAAUCUGACACAGAUAAAAUGUUUCAACUGCAAUGAUUAUGGUCACAUUGCAGCCAAGUGCCAACGACCACAGCGAAAACCAAGGUGUACCAUAUGCAAGAAGACGGAUCAUGAAGCCAAGAAUUGUAACAAAAAGACUUCAGUUGCGAAGAUUGGUGACGAAACCGACCGAGACGGAGCACCUCCAAUUACGAAAAUUGUGGAGCUUAACGGAAGGCAACUCAACGCUUUCAUUGACACUGGUAGCGUAUGCUCAUUAAUACGCGCAUCGGCAGUAGGUGAUAUUCAGACGACAGGAACUCGGAGAUGCUUCACGGGGCUUGGAGGAUCCAAGGUGCAGGUCGCGAAACAGAUCAACGUACAGAUUACGGUGGACAACGUUCCACGAGAAGCCAUAUUGUAUAUGGUUGCGGAUGAGAUGCUACCUUACGAUGUUUUAUUAGGUCGCGAUGUAUUACAGCAUGACGGGUAUCACAUGGUGAUUGGCAAUGGGGUACUACGCCUGGAGGAAGACAGACCGACGGAAUUUAAUAUAUCUAGCUGCCUGUCGGAAGAAGAUAAGAACAAGACAGAAAAUCUUUUGUUAACGUUUAAGCAAUGUUUUGCAGAAAGCAUUAGCCAAAUUGGUAGGUGCAAGAACGCACAAAUGACCAUAAGUGUAACGACAUCAGAGCCGAUCUUAGGUAAACGGUACCAGGUUCCGUUUUCACAACGCCCGAUUUUAUCGGAAAUUUUAAAGGAACUGUUGGACAACGAUAUCAUUCGUCCGAGUGAUUCUCCACACGCUGCGUCUGUGCUCUUGGUUAAGAAGUCCAAUGGGGAGAGUAGAAUGUGUAUUGACUUCCGAGCAUUGAACGAAGUCACGGUUAAGAAAAACUAUGUUAUGCCAAUCGUGGAGGAACAGCUUUCACGUCUAGCUGGCAAUAAAUAUUUUACGACACUGGACAUGACUUCCGGCUAUUAUCAAGUUCCUAUGAACGAAGAAUCGAAGAAAUAUACUGCAUUUUUAACGCAUGAAGGACUAUUUGAACACAACGUUAUGCCUUUUGGUCUGGUGAACGCUCCAAUGGUCUUCCAGGAGAUUGUUGUAAAUUUGAUAAAAACGCUUAAGCAUCGGGACAAAGUGGUAAGCUACGUGGAUGAGGUCAUCAUAGCCACGAAGUCCGUUGACGAAGGUAUCGAUGUACUUAAAGAAUUUUUAAAAGCGGUGAACGCAGCGGGUCUUACGCUUAGACCUUCGAAGAGUACAUUUCUGGCUGAGCAAGUACAGUCUCUAGGUCAUGACAUCAACUCCGACGGCAUACGUCCGGGAGAAAACAAAACGAAAGUGAUUGAAGGGUUUCCAAAACCAACAACUAUCAAAGCAGUACGACAAUUUCUGGGAGUAACUGGCUAUUUCCGAAAAUUUGUCAAAGAAUAUAGCAUUAUAGCACGUCCACUGACGAUCUUGUUGAAAAAGGAUGCAAAUUUUAUCUGGAAUGUUGAACAGAACGACGCAUUUGAGAAAUUGAAAUCGAUUAUCACAACUAAGCCAGUACUAACGAUAUACAACGCGAUGAAACCACACGAAGUGCAUACGGAUGCGAGUAGUCUAGGAUUAUCUGGUAUAUUGUUGCAAAACGAUUGUGGAAACGAAUGGAACCCUGUGUUUUAUUUUAGCAGGCAAUGCAAUGAUGCCGAAAGUAACUAUGCCAGUCACGAACUAGAAGUUCUAGCAAUCGUAGAAACGUUGCAACGUUUUCGUAUGUAUUUGCUGGGGCAUAACUUUAAAGUAAUCACCGACUGUAACGCUAUUGCGGCAACAAAAGCAACAACGCCAUUGUUACCUCGGAUCGCAAGGUGGUGGCUCAAACUUCAAGAGUUCGAUUUCACGUGCAUUCAUCGCGCAGGAACGAAGAAUACGUUAGCAGAUGGGUUAAGUAGAUGGCCGACACUUCCUCCAAUGGAACCGACAACGAUUGCUGAUUCGAUAUACCGAGUGGUCGAGAUUGACAACGACUGGAUAUCAGCAAUGCAACGCCAAGACGACGUGCUUAAAGACAUCAUCGCUGUUCUAAAUGGGAAGUCAGCACCGAACGGGCAUCAACUUAAAGAUGACUAUGAAUUGCUAGGGCAACGAUUAUAUCGUAGAGUCGACGGCAACAAGCGACUAGCGGUACCACGAGGAGUGAGGUGGCGUCUAGUGAGAUCGUUCCACGAUGAAGCCGGUCAUUUUGGACUGGACAAGACAUAUGAGCGAGUAUCGAAAGAAUUUUGGUUCCCACGCAUGCGACGAUAUAUUAAAUCCUACAUCGCGUCAUGCCCCGAAUGUUGUAUCAAUAAAGUGAUAGGGGACGACGCCAGUACUUACAACCCUACGAGAAUAUAUUACGGUAUAUGGAAGCCCAAGGCAAAUUAUUUCCGACAGGGGCACGGCUUUCACGUCGAAGGAAUUCCGGAACUUCGUUCAACAAUACGACAUACGGCAUGUCCAAGUAGCAGUUCGUACGCCCGAGCCAAUGGCCAAGCUGAGCGGGUCAAUAAGACGAUUCUAACCUCACUCAAGUGUAUGAUCAGAAACGAUAAAGACUGGGACCAGGCACUACCGCAACUUCAAUGGUGUCUUAACUCACAAAGCAACGCAACAACUAGGCAGAGUCCGAAUAGUCUAGUUUUUAACUUCAGGCUACGAGACGUAACAGCAAAUCGAUUAAUUCAAGCUGUGCAAGAUUACCAGGAUGACAACGAGAGUGAACGCGAAGACGUCCAACUCGAAAUCGUGGCCGAACGGAUCAAUUCAGAAAAAACGAAAUGGAAACAGAGGUUCGACGCAAAGCAUCGAUUCCCCAGGCAGUACAAUGAAGGAGAUCUGGUGGUGAUUGACCAUAUACCCCCAGCCUCUGGUACCUCGCGCAAACUCGAACCAGCAUACAAAGGACCAUAUGUUGUGACAAAGGUCUUACCAAACGAUCGCUAUGUGGCCGAGGACCUCCCAGAUAUACCCAAACACCGAAAGCGCUAUGCAGGCAUAUUCACGAACGACAACAUGAAACCGUGGAUAGACAGCAGUAUCGUUGAUGAUGACUAUGAAUCAAUUGACGAAGAUGUUAACGACGAAUCGCUCAGGGGAGACGAUCAAUCAGGAUUGGCCGAGCUGUCAACGAUAGAUGGCAAGCCUAGGUAA